AUGACCUUGGAUGCAGAGCCAAUGGAGGAUAUUGAUAUCGACGUAGUAGGAGAGGGCAGUAAAGGGGCUGAAGACGGCGAUCUGAAGGCGUCAGCCUCUUUGGACACGAGAGUUGCGUCCGAGUAUGGAUCAGCCACGGCAACUUUGCCUGCUAAUCAACAUGAUGAGGACGGUGCCUCUAAUAGCUUGGCACCAAGGUCCCCCUCAAUGUCGAACAAAAGCACACAAGUGAAGCCUCCGUACUCGUACAUCGCUUUGAUAACCAUGGCCAUUCUCCAGAGUCCGAAGAAGCGUCUCACUCUGAGCGAGAUAUGCGACUUCAUCAGCCAGCGCUUCGCAUACUACCGAGAGAAGUUUCCGGCAUGGCAAAACUCCAUCCGACACAACCUCUCGCUCAAUGACUGCUUCAUCAAAAUGCCUCGAGAACCGGGCAAUCCUGGCAAAGGGAAUUACUGGACCAUGGACCCCGACUCCUCCGACAUGUUCGAGAACGGAAGCUUUUUACGGCGAAGGAAAAGGUUUAAGAGACAACACUUUAGGUUUGGGAUUCUCAAAGAACAAGCGCUCGAAGCCACUGGCUUUCCCCAUUUUCCUUACGGAAGAUACGGGUUCGGUUCGGCUUGUCUGCAACUGCCACGUCUAGAAGUGUAUCCUCUCCGCUUCCAUCAGCAUUCGCACCCGACCUGUGCGCCCGGAAUCCCACCUGGCAGCAGCAUCCUGCCCUCGCUGUCAACACUCCUAUGCCGGAACGCGUUCGCUGCUAAAGCCUCUGCCGAGUCUCCUGGGAUGGCCAUCGAGUGCUUUAACCCGACUCGGCCUAAUGCGCACUGUUCUGCACUUUCCCUCGACUCUCCAUUCGUGUCUUCUGCCAUGCUCCAGCACGGCACUUUCCCCCAUUUUCUAAAUCUACAAUACGAGUACGAGAAACUCCAAACUUUGCGCUCGGACCUAACGAAUAAACACAUUGUCAGCAACUAGGCCUGGUCGUUUUAAAUAAGCUGGCGACCACUUGAUAAACUGUAUCUUAAAUGACUUAACUCUCAGGUACUCUUCCUCUUCUGUUACUGAAGGAAUAUCCACUCGUCUUUUCUGGAAUACAAAAUGUCAUGCUAUGAUUGCGGAUUGUAUG